AUGGACGGGGGAGUGGACGAAGAGGUGAUCCAUUUAGAUGGGACGGAAAGUGUGCAUCUGCAAAACAAAGAGAGUGAGUAUUCUUGGAAGAGUGAAGGUGGCAUUCAGUUGGAAACACGGGAAGGGGUUAUACCCACGGAGGUGGAAUAUCAUGAGAGCUCAUCUCAUCACGUGCUUGGAGAUAUCUUAGAGGGUAAGGAUGCGAACUUGAGUAUAAGCUCCAUUGAUGGGUUAGACCGCCCUUAUGCUAGCCCUGGCAACAUGGAUGUUAGUGGCAUGGUUGAAGAGUUAACAGUGAGGAACUAUGAUAAUAUGAAUAGGGCUGUGGUUGGUCCCUCAAAAAGUAGUGAUAGGAUGCACACUAGGUUGAACCAGUGGCAGCAACUUUAUCAUGCAGCUGGUAGAUCUGCACUUGAGAGUUCACGUGGCUGUCCCUGUAAUCAUGAGGAAAACCUUGAGAGGAACAGUUCGUGGGGAGAUGCAUGUGCGUCUGUUUCUGAAAUUUUACCUCAAAAACAAUUCAGGGAUGAACAAAAUGAAGCUGUGCUGCCAUUGUCUAGUUCUGAAAACAAAGGGACGAUGGGCAAUGCAUUAGUUCGUGGGGCCUGCAGGACAAAGAUUCUAUCGAAGUCAGGAUUCUCAGAAUAUUUCAUAAAGAGUACGUUAAAGGGCAAGGGAAUCAUAUGCAGGGACCAAGCCGUUGAUAAUCAGCAUGUUGAGUCCAGAAAUCAGAAUAAUGUAAAGAUAGGCACCAACACAAAAAUUGCUUCUGAUGCCCCUCCGAGUUUAGCUGGCAAGACUCUUAUUCCUGCAGUACAUGAAGUCAUUGGGACCAGAGCUAGCCGUCCUGAUAAUGAUGGGGUCAGUUUGAGAGUGUGGCUUGACAAUGGGAACAGAGAAGUGAAUAAUGUGGAGAGACUGAAUAUAUUUAGGCAGAUUGUGGAUCUGGUAGACUAUUCUCAUUCCCAUGGAGUUGCUUUGCAUGAAUUACGUCCAUCUUCUUUUAAACUGCUGCCAUCAAAUCAGGUCAAGUAUGUCGGACCAUCAGAGCAGAGAGAAUUGUUGGAAAGUGUCAAAGUUAGAAAUGGAUCCAACUCAAGUGCAUUGGUUGUAACAAAAAGACCAUCAGAAUAUGGCCUGUUUCACCCUCUUAAUUUAAGUAUGAAGAAGCAGAAGUUUAAUGAGGAUAUGAUCCAUAACCAGUGGCCUCAGUUCUCUUCAAGACCUCAUUCAGAUGCCGGAAAUGCAAGUAUUGAAGACACUAAUGUCUCUGGACGGUCAUGCAAUGAUUAUGGUGAGCUCAAUAAAGAAUAUGACUCUCGAAGGUGCAACAAUCGCUAUAAACCCAAUUCCCUUGAGCAGCACUCAACUAUUACUAGUAGUCAGUUGGAAGACAAAUGGUACCAGAGCCCUGAGGAACUCACCAAUGGUGGAAGCAGUAUUUCCUCAAAUAUCUACUGUCUAGGUGUUCUCUUUUUCGAGCUACUUGGCCGCUUCAAUUGCGAAAGUGCUCGAAAUGCAGCGAUGAUGGAUCUGCGCCAUAGGAUUCUUCCUCCGAGUUUCCUAUCGGAAAAUCAAAAAGAAGCAGGAUUUUGCUUAUGGUUACUUCACCCAGAUCCUGCUUCCCGGCCAUCUUCAAGGAAGAUCCUAGAAUCUGAAGUACUUAGUGGACUGAAGGAUGUCAACUCUGAAGAAUUGACGUCAUCCAUUGAACAAGACGAUGCGGAAUCAGAGCUACUGUUGCAUUUUCUUAUCAGUUUGAAAGAGAACAAGCAAAAAGAAGCCUCGAAGUUAGUUGAGAACAUAAAUUGCCUUGAAGCGGAUAUUGCAGAGAUUGGGAGAAGGCAUCCUGCAGCAAAGCCAUCUGUGCAGCCUUAUGUGCAAACAGACUCUUCAGUUAAAAACUUCGCAAACUUGGAUGUUAUCCCUUGGCUCUCUCCAGCUUCUGGUAUGAAGGACUCUAGAUGGUCGGGCAAUAUUAAGCUGCUUGAAACUGCUUACUACUCAAUGAGGUCUAGGAUCCGUCUUCCUGAGAUAGAUGCUUCAAAGCGCACAGAUAUUGAUCUUUUGAGAAAUCGUGAGAACUGGCACCAGCCCCAGCAGAGGGAUGAGGAGUCGCAAAAUACGUCCGAUCGAGUGGGAGCCUUCUUUGAUGGUCUUUGCAAGUAUGCCCGAUGCAGUAAGUUUGAAGUACGUGGCGUACUGAGAAAUGGGGAGUUCAACAACUCCGCUAACGUGAUUUGCUCCCUAAGUUUUUCUCGGGAUGAGGACUACUUUGCUGCUGCUGGAGUGUCCAAGAAGAUAAAGGUAUUUGAGUUCCACGGACUAUUGAAUGAGUCUGUUGACAUUCAUUAUCCGGCGAUUGAGAUGUCGAACAGAUCGAAGCUGAGCUGUGUUUGCUGGAAUAACUACAUUCGCAACUAUCUUGCUUCAACUGAUUACGAUGGAGCAGUUAAGUUAUGGGAUGCAAGCACUGGCCAAUGCUUCUCCGAAUACAGCGAGCAUGAAAAGCGGGCAUGGUCCAUUGACUUCUCCCCUGUGUGUCCAACAAAGUUUGCCAGUGGAAGUGAUGAUUGUUCAGUUAAACUUUGGAACAUUAGCGAGAGAAACUGCUUGGGUACAAUACGGAAUAUAGCAAACGUUUGCUGCGUCCAGUUCUCUGCUCACUCGCCUCAUUUGCUGGCCUUUGGAUCCGCGGACUACAAAAGCUAUUGCUAUGACCUUCGUAAUGUUAGAAGCCCCUGGUGUGUAUUGACAGGACACCAGAAGGCUGUUAGCUAUGUGAAAUUCCUCGACUCUGGAACCAUCUUAACUGCUUCCACUGACAACUCUUUGAAGCUAUGGGAUCUCAACAAGACGAGCCCUAGUGGUCUUUCUACAAAUGCUUGCAGCUUGACUCUCACUGGGCACACCAAUGAGAAGAAUUUUGUAGGUUUGUCUGUUGCUGAUGGCUACAUCUCAUGCGGUUCAGAAAAGAAUGAGGUUUUUGCGUACUACAGGUCCCUUCCAAUGCCAGUCACUUCCCACAAGUUUGGCUCUAUCGAUCCAAUCUCAGGAAAAGAAACAGAUGACGAUAAUGGGCAGUUUGUUUCGAGUGUAUGCUGGAAAGGGAAAUCAGACAUGCUCAUUGCUGCCAAUUCAAGCGGGUGUAUAAAAGUAUUACAGAUGGUAUGAGUGUUCAGUUUGGGCUUUGAAAUCUCAAAUUCGAGCAAGGAGGCCCUUCCUUUUGCCAAAGCCUUGGCAUACGACAGGCUAUUAUGCCUUUCUUCACUCGAGAGAGAACUGACUCUUGUCUGAGAACCAGGUGGACAGGCACGAGAAAUUUUUUACCUGGCCUUGGAAUUGCUGUAGACAUAUGCAGGAUCCACAAGAGAAGGGUGAGAUGAUGGAGAGGCUGAGGCUGUCUCUAACGCAUACCUACCAUUCUAUGAUAGAAGGUUUAGGCGGCAGACCCGAUUCAGGAAUUCGAGAUCAUUGCUGGUUUCCAAUGCAGAAUCACCAAUAACUGGGGGCUUUUUCCGUAUUUUCAAUUACUAGCAACAAUUUGCGGUCAGAAUGUAAUUAGAUUUUGAGCAUGAGGUAUAAGGAAGAAUUAGCUGUUGUAAAUCUUCUGAAGCUUGAUUUAUGUACAGAAAAUAUCUUUGUUUCCCUUGAGACCAGAAUGUUUCGAGGCUUAUAGAAAUGAAAUCAAAAGUGUUCUGAGGCUUA